AUGGUUAAGGCCUACUUAAACUAUGAGCAUGUUGCUGCCUUUGGCCUAACGGCCACCCCCACAUCCAAUGUGCAGCUGCUGCCUGGCGUGGGGUUAAACUUUAGCGGCGGCAGCAGCAGCAGCAGCAGCGAUUUGGUGUGGUGCUGCUGCGGCAGCGAAGCAGUUCUAUGGCAUACCCAUCAGCGGCAGCAGCUGCUCGUGCUGCAGCCGCCUGCACUAGUUAGUCCUGAGGGGGACGUUGAGGUGUACAGACAGCGCGCAACAGUUGUUGCUGCUACUGCUGCUGCUGUUGCCGUUGGUUACAGCGACGGCAGCGUGCGUGUAUGGGCCUUUGAUGUUGCUGCUGCAGCUGUUGCUGCUCUGCAGCAGCAGCAUCCGCCGGUCUUAGGGCCACCGCGUCUGCUACUGCAGGGCCAUCGCGGCACAGUUAACGCCUUACAGUGGGCAUCCAGUACCCCCAGCAGCAGCAGCAGCAGCAGCAGCAGCAGCAACGAUCUGCUUAUAUCUGGGGGGUCUGAUGGUGAUAUAAUUAUAUGGGAUGCAGAGAGUGGCAGCGGCCGCUGCCGCUUGCGUGGUCACACCCAACCGGUUACUGCUCUGCUGCCUCUGCAUGCAAAUGCAGCAGCAGCAGCUGCUGCUGCUGCAGCUGCUGCAGCUGCAGCAGCAAGAACAGCCGCUGCUGCUGCCUCUCCUCUUGAGGAAGCAUUGAUGGAUAUAGAGGAUGGGAAGAAAGCCAAAAAACGCAAAGAAAAAGUAUCAAAUGACACCCAAAACAGCAGCAGCAACAACAGCAGCAGCAGCAACAACAGCAGCAGCAGCAACAGCAGCAGCAGCAGCAGGUUGCUGAUAAUAAGUGGGUCUAAGGAUGGCCUUAUUAAGAUAUGGGACUUUUCCUUACAACUCUGUCUAUACACCGCAGUAGAAGCAGCAGAAGCAGCAGAAGUUUGGGCAAUUGCUACCAAUGCCUGCCACACGCGUCUGUUUGUUGGAGGUGGUGAUUCGAAGGUGCGGGUGUUUGCGCUGCACCUAAGCCCUCCGCCAGCAGCAGCAGCAGCAGCAACAGCAACAACAGCAGGAGGAGUAGAAGCAGCAGCAGAAGCAAGCUUAUGGGCUGUUACUCAAUAUUUAGGGUUUGCGCAAACAAAUAGGAGCAGCAAGAAGCAGCGAAUAAGACAGCUGCAGUUCUUACCAACAGGAGAGACUUUAUCGUCAGCAGCAGCAGCAACAGCAGCAGCAACACUAGCAGCAGCAGCACCAGCAACAGCAGGGAGGCCCCCUGUUCUUGUUGGGGGUUUGCUGCUCUGCUGCAGCGGCUCGUCCCGUAUAUUAGAUGUCUUCCGCUGCUGCAAUGCAGCAGAGCAGCUGCUGCAGCAGCAAAAGAAGGAGCGUCGUGCGAAGCAGCGAAUGAAUAAGAAGCAGCAGCAGCAGCAGCAGCAGCAGCAGGAAAGCGAUGAUGACAAUGUCAUGCAGCAGGAUCAGGAACAGCAGCAACAGCAGCAGCAGCAGCAGCAACUAGAAGAAGUUUUCUUUGUUGCAUCGCUGCAUGCAGAUACACCCAUUAAAGGCUUCGACGCUCGAGUCGCCGGCAGCAGCAGCAGCAGCAGCAAGAGCAGCAGCAGCAGCAGCAACUGCGCUCGCAUUUUGCUCAACCUAAGCAACAACACAAUGGAGCUGUGGAAGGCAAAUCCUCUGCUGCUGCGGAAGCACACCGGUUUGUGUGCAGGCAAUGAACACAUCGUCUUAGGCUGCAGGAACGGAGAGCUGCUGCUGUAUGAUUUGGGUGCUGCUGCACUGCAGCAGCGAACAGCAGCACAUACAGCAGCAAUUAAUGCCUUGGCAGAACACCCAAAACACACGGGGUUUGCAACUGCAUCGAGCGACAAGACAGUAAAGCUGUAUGCGUUUUAUUUAGAGGAGGUUGCUGAUGAGGGGGAAACAAAAAAGCCGAAGAAGAAGAAGUUGCAGCCGCAGCAGCUGGAGCAGCAGCAGCAGCAGCAGCAAGUGUGCAUGCGGUGUGAAGGUUCCUUUUCUUUGCCUGAUGAGGUUUUAGAUGUUGCCUUCGAUCCAAAGGGUUUGCUGCUAAUGGCAGCACUCAUGGACUACACCAUCCUCGUUAUGCACACAGACACAGGGUUUAGGGUUUAUGAAUGUAACGGGGUGGUAGAGCUUCUUAUAAGGGCUCUAAAUGUAUUAUUUUUGCCGAUGACGCAUUACGUGUUAUCUGCGGGUUUAGAUGGUUACAUAAAGCAAUGGGAUGCGGAUAGGCAGCAGCUAAUAAAAGUAUUUGCAUGCGGUGCAGCAGCAAAAGGAGGAGGAACAGCAGGGGCUCCUUUAUUGUCUCUAUGUUUAUCAUCAGAUGCAGACGUCUUCUGCUGCUGCGACAGCAACAGACAGCUGCAUCUGUGGCGGCGGACGCAGCAGCAAGUGUUUGCUGAGGAGCAGCAGGAAAAACGCCUACUGGAGCAACAGCAGCAGGAAACAGAUGCACUUGAUGCUGCUGCUGCUAAUACUGCUGCUGCUGCUGCUGCUACUGCUGCUUCUGUCGUACUUGAUCGACCCACCAAGCGCACAGAUGAGACCAUUCGGUCUGCUGACCGCCUUAUUGAGGCCCUGCAGGUUGCUAGGGAGCAGCAGGAGGAAGAUGAUAAGUUUGAGGCUUCGUUCAUUCGAUGGAGGGAUACUGUUGCUGCUGAGGCUCGCCGCGGUGCAGCAGAUGCAGCAGCUGCAGCAGCAGCAGCAGCAGCAACACCGCUUCCCGCUCCUCCUCCUGCUAGACCUGAAUUAUUAGGAAGAUCAGCAAAAGAACAUCUCUUGCGGUGUAUCUGCAGCAUCAAACCUGCAGAAGCAGCAGAAGUGCUGCUUGCUCUUCCUGUUGACUAUGCACUUCAACUUUUGGAGUUUUUAACGGAUUUGCUUGAGAGGGAGGCAGAGCGCCUUGUGAAGGACAAAAAACAGCAGAAUGGAGAUCUGCUGCUGCUGCAGCAGCAGGAGGACGAGGAGCAGCUAUUGCUGCAGGGGCCCUUGGCAGGCUCGACCGAGGUGGCCGUCCGUUUGGCGCUGCAGCUUGUUCAGUUACACUUCAGGCUGUUUAUUGUCUCUGCAAAAGAGCGAUCUCUUCUCGUUCGUCUUCGUGCUGCUGCUCGCCCGCUGCUGCAGCAACAAAGGGACGCGUUGAGGUUUAAUUCAUCAGCACUUACUGUGCUGCUGCGGUAUCUAAAGGGCAGCAGCGCAGACACACUGCAGCAGCUAAAGCAGCAAGUAUCUGUUAACCUACAAGCAGGAAAGAAAAGGAAGAAAAAAGCAGCAAAUAUGCCUCUAUUUUAA